AUGCGGCCAGUGAGACAGCCGCAGAGAAGACUGACACCAAACCUGGAGGCUGUGGUUCGGGCAGAGAUCGUGAAGCUGAUGGACGCGGGGAUCAUCUUCGCCAUUUUCUACAGCGAGUGGGUCAGUCCCACCCAGGUGGUACCCAAAAAGGAUGGGAUGACCGUGGUGCAUAACGGGAAGAAUGAGCUCAUCCCGAUGCGCAUGGUGACUGGGUACCAUGUUUGCAUUGAUUAUCGCCAUCUCAAUGACGCCACUCGGAAGGACCACUUCCCGCUGCCUUUCAUAGACCAGAUGCUGGAGAGACUGGCGGGGCACGAGUUCUAUUGUUUCUUGGAUGGGAUGUCCGGGUACUUCCAGAUCCCCAUUGCACUGGAGGACCAUGCAAAGACCACUUUCACCUGCCCUUUCGGCAAAUUUGCCUACUAG